UUGCCGGACCUGCAGAGAUUAGAAGAGGAUUGCGUUAUUCUCAGAAUAACCAUAUCUGCGAUACAACUUUAUUUUUGACAGAUCAAAAUGUCAACACCGCAAAAAGACAACACCGCAGCUCAACAUGCCAAUUACGUGGGACCAUAUCGCCUGGAGAAGACACUGGGAAAAGGACAGACAGGCUUGGUAAAGUUGGGAAUACACUGUGUCACGUGUCAGAAAGUUGCCAUAAAGAUUGUGAACCGGGAGAAGCUGAGUGAGUCUGUUCUCAUGAAGGUGGAGCGGGAGAUCGCCAUUCUGAAGCUAAUAGAACACCCACACGUUUUAAAGUUGCACGAUGUCUACGAAAACAAGAAAUAUUUAUAUUUGGUUUUAGAGCACGUUUCUGGUGGGGAGCUCUUCGACUACCUGGUAAAAAAGGGCAGGUUAACUCCUAAGGAGGCCAGGAAGUUCUUCCGACAGAUCAUCUCGGCACUGGACUUCUGUCACAGUCACUCCAUAUGCCACAGGGACCUAAAGCCAGAGAACCUGUUGCUAGAUGAGAAGAACAACAUCAGGAUAGCAGACUUCGGCAUGGCCUCCCUGCAGGUUGGGGACAGUCUCCUGGAGACAAGCUGCGGUUCUCCACACUACGCAUGCCCUGAGGUCAUUAGGGGAGAGAAGUACGACGGCAGGAAAGCAGACGUAUGGAGCUGUGGCGUCAUCCUCUUCGCUCUCCUGGUGGGGGCGCUGCCGUUCGACGACGACAACCUGAGAAAUUUGUUAGAAAAGGUGAAGCUGGGCGUCUUCCACAUGCCUCACUUCAUCCCGCCCGACUGCCAGAACCUUCUGCGAGGGAUGAUCGAGGUGGACGCUACUAAGAGGCUAACGUUAGAUCAGAUUCAGAAGCACAAUUGGUACAUCGGCGGGAAGAACGAGCCGGAGCCGGAGCAGCCGGUGCCCAGGAAGGUGACGAUCCAGACGCUGCCCUCCGCCGAGGACAUCGACCCGGACGUCCUGGAGAGCAUGCACUCGCUAGGAUGCUUCCGGGACAAAAACAAACUGAUGAAGGAUCUGCUGUCUGAGGAUGACAACCAGGAGAAGAUGAUCUACUACCUGCUCCUGGACCGCAAGGAGAGGUAUCCCAGCCACGAGGACCAGAACCUGCCCCCGCGCAACGAGAUCGACCCCCCCAGGAAGCGUGUGGACUCCCCGAUGCUGAACCGGCACGGUAAGCGGAGGCCGGAGCGCAAGUCCAUGGAGGUGCUGAGCGUGACGGACGGAGGCUCGCCGGUACCCGCCCGCCGGGCCAUCGACAUGACGCAACACGGACAGAGUAAGAGUGUGUUCAGUAAAAGCUUGGAUAUCUCUGACGCCCAUCCCAAAUGCAGCAAAGAAGAAAGGUCGCGGUCCAUCAGCGGAGCAUCCUCUGGUCUGUCCACCAGCCCGCUCAGUAGUCCCCGGGUGACCCCUCACCCCUCCCCCCGAGGCAGCCCUCUCCCCACCCCCAAAGGGACCCCCGUCCACACGCCCAAGGAGAGCCCGGCCGGCACGCCCACCCCGACCCCCCCGCCCAGCCCGUCCAUCGGCGGCAUGCCCUGGAGGACGCGCCUCAACUCCAUCAAGAACAGCUUCUUGGGAUCGCCGCGUUUCCACCGCAGGAAACUGCAAGUUCCCACACAAGAGGAGAUGUCCAGCCUGACCCCAGAGUCUUCCCCAGAACUUGCCAAAAAAUCUUGGUUCGGUAACUUUAUCAACCUGGAGAAAGAGGAGCAGAUCUUUGUGGUCAUCAAGGACAAACCCUUAAGCUCCAUCAAAGCGGACAUCGUCCAGGCCUUUCUCUCAAUUCCCAGCCUCAGUCACAGCGUGAUCUCCCAGACCAGCUUCAGGGCGGAGUACAAGUCCACGGCCGGGCCGACCGUCUUCCAGAAGCCCGUCAAGUUCCAGGUGGACAUCACCUACACCGAGAGCACCGCAGCCCAGAAGGAGAACGGCAUCUACUCCGUCACCUUCACCUUGCUCUCAGGUCCGAGCCGACGUUUCAAGCGGGUUGUGGAGACGAUCCAGGCCCAGUUGUUAAGCACACACGACCAGCCAGGAGUUCAGCAGCUGUCUGGAAUUAUCCAGAAAACAUAUUAAAGCCCCUCUCCGUCUCCGUCUCCGUCCUCGUCCUUCCGCCCCCUCCUCCUCCUCCUGCUCACUGCGUCCACCGGGGGGCGAUGUGGACUCUUUACUGACCGAGGGGCGCUUUCCAUGGCCAGUGAGCGUGUGUGCGUGUAACCACGGAAAUGGACUCUUCAUCCUGACUCGACUCUCACACCCCUCCCUCCGAACGAUCUCCUCCUCUUCUUUCUCCUCCUCCUCUUCCUCCUCCCUACACCUCUAAAAUGAUGGAAAAUACACCCCUCUUCAUCUCCCUAGCAUCAUACACAGACACACACGUGGACACAGGUUCACACGCUCAAACACAGAUCAACACAUUCACAUGUAUACCUGCACACACCUUUAUCACCAAUAAUCUCCCCAUCAGAACAAAUAUUAAACAUAUAAGACCUUGAGAUGGAGCCUUUUGCUCCUGACCCUCAUCCUGUCAUUACCCUCUCAAACACACACACACA